AUGAGCCGGAGCAGUAGGAAUAGAAGAAGGAGUAGCAGAAGGAGCAGGGGCAAGAGUAGGAGUAGGAGCAGAAGUAGGAGCAAGAGAAGGAGAAGGAGCAAGAGAAGGAGAAGGAGCAAGAGCAAGAGUAGGACCACGAGCAAGAGCAGUAGAAGGAGAAGGAGUAGGAGCAGGAGCAGAAGCAAGAGGAGAAGGAUCAGGAGCAGGAGUAGGAGUAGGAGAAGGAGCUCGAGCAAGAGAAGGAGCAGUAGCAGGACAGGAGGAGGAGUAGGAGCAGGAGCAGGGGUAGGAGGAGGAGCAGGAGCAAGAGCAGGAGCAAAAGUAGUAGCAGGAGCAGAAGUAGGAGUAGAAGCAGAAGCAGAAGGAGCAGUAGCCAGAGUAGGAGCAGUAGCCAGAGUAGGAGCAGGAGCCAGAGUAGGAGCAGGAGCAGAAGAAGGAGCGGGAGCAGAAGAAGGAGAAGGAGAAGGAGAAGGAGAAGGAGCUCGAGCAAGAGCAAGAGUAGGAGCAGGAGCAAGAGUAGGAACAGGAGCAAGAGCAAGAGCAGAAGCAGGAGUAGGAGCAGGAGAAGGAGCAUGA